AUGAUCAUUGUUCAUGUGAAUGACAGGUUAGGCACGAAGGCUGCGAUUCCAUGUCUGGCGAGUGAUCCGAUCAAGCUAUUCAAGGCACAAGUUGCGGCGAGGAUUGGAAGGAAACCACAUGAGAUAUUGUUGAAGAGGCAGGGAGAGCGACCGUUCAAGGAUCAGUUGACAUUGGAGGACUAUGGAGUUGGCAACGGUGUGCAGAUUGAUUUGGAGAUUGAUACAGGGGAAUAG